AUGUACUGGCUACGUCAGAUUUCUAGCUCGACGAUGCUUGUCGCCUUCCUGACCCUUAUGAUUCUCACUCCGACGCCUUCAGACGCAUCGAUCCGAUUGUGUGGAACACGUCUGACCACGACGCUUCUCGCUGUUUGCCGAAAUCAACUGUGCGGUGGAAUGGGAGCUUUCAAACGUUCCGCUCCAAUUGAUCAAUCCUGGGCCCCAACGACACGCGAUCUUUUCCACAUCCAUCAUCACCAGAAACGAGGAGGCAUCGCGACGGAAUGCUGUGAAAAACGCUGCUCGUUCGGCUAUCUCAAAACGUUUUGCUGCAAUCAGGACUGA